UAGCGUUUGUGGGUCGUACGGAUCGGUGCGUCGGUUCAUUGUACGGAUCCAAAAAUUCGAUCGGGGAUAGAGAACGUUCCGGCAUGGAUCUUAAAUUGGAAAUCUGAAAAGUGUUUUCCGCCCAGUGCCAAUCAGAUAGCGAUCCUAGAUCGUCGAGCGGUAAAUUAGCCCACCGGAGGAGGAGGAGGAAGCAGCCAUGUCGGGUAGGAGGGCCCAAUCUCUGCCGGCACACAUGUUGGAACCGGCCAAGCCGGAGCGCGGAAGGUGUGUGGCGGCCAUCUGCUUCUCGUGGAAAGUGAUCACCUGCAUCGUGUCACAUGUGCUGCUGGUGCUUCUCGUGGUUUCCUAUUGCGUGGGUGGAGCGUAUCUUUUCCAGCACCUGGAGCGACCCCACGAACUGGAGAUCAAACGUGGCAUUGAAAAUCUGCGCUUUAAUCUCACGGAGAACAUAUGGCUUCUGUCGGAUGAUGCAGAGGUCCUGCGGGAAAGCGACUGGAUGGCCAAUGUUAGCAAGCACUUGGCCAACUUUGAGAAGCAAAUCCUCACGGCCAUCAAGGCGCAUGGCUGGGACGGCAACGAGGAUCUCAAGAAGUCCCAGUGGACCUUUGCCGGGUCACUAUUCUACUCCAUCAUAGUGAUAACUACCAUAGGUUAUGGCCACAUAUCGCCGCGCACGGAUUGGGGCAAGGUGACAACGAUUUUCUACGCCAUCGUGGGCAUUCCACUGAUGCUCAUCUGUCUGUCCAACAUUGGCGAUGUCAUGGCCACAUCAUUCCGUUUCCUUUACUGGAGAAUCUGCUGCUAUGUGUGCACCCGCACUGCGAAACGUCCCAGGAAUGCCCGAUCCCGGCAAAGAUCUAUGCGCUCCCAACGGCACGCCCGCUCCCAGCCACCGCCCUCCUUCCGGCGCUCCAUGAAAAUGACCCAGCGAUCGGGUAAUGACUCUGGCUUGGGUCCCUCCAUGGGACAUGCCUACUCCGAUCCGGAACUGCGUAUGGGAAGGGGAUACGAUGAUCGGGAGUUCGGACACAGAAGCAGUGGAGGCCGCAACCGUCGCCAGCAGCAUCAGCAACACCAGCACCACAAUCCCUACCAUGAUCCCCGCCAGAGGCACACCAUCUACGGAGAUGAGUACGAGACACAGACGCUGAACCGGUCCAAUCGCUACAGCAGCCGGCAGAGGCAGCGCGACCGGAUGAGGGAUAGACACACCGUGGAGAGGGAGCGCUACUCGCGAUCCCACUUGGAUGCGGGCUCCAUCGAGGACUUUAGCGAUGUACCCCCGCCGGCGAAGAGAGCUCAUAGUGUCCGAUCAGUGCGCUCGCCCCACAAGCAAGACUCCUCGAGGGCUAGCAAGGAGCUGCAACGCCUUCACUCUGCCCCGGGCAGGAGUAGGGCCAAGUCGGUGGAUCCCAGGCAUGUGUCGUCGCACUACGAAGAUGUGGACGAGGAUGUGGUGAGGAAAACACCCAUUAUUCCGAAUAGAUAUGCAAUGGACGACUUUGGAGGGAACGGGCAUCGAAGGCAGUCGGCUCCAAGGAGUCAAUCCAUGCCGAGAUCGGCCCACCAAAGACAACGGCAGAGGGAUAGGGAUAGGGAGAGGGAGCGUUCACCUCAACCGCCUCCACAAAACUCCCAUCGCCAGAAUAACGGCAGGAGAGCCGGAAGCCUGGGCAGACAAACAUCGCGAUAUGGCAAUCAUUUGGAGCUUCCAGACUACGACGCUCCACCGCGCGGCAGGGAUCAUCGGAGGGAUCAGCGUGGCCAUUCGCAAGGACGCUACGACGAUUAUGUGGAAGAGAGUUUCGAUGAAGGAUCCGUUUACGGAGAUCACUACGAGGAUUAUCCUCCGCCACGCAGUCGCUCAAGAAGCCGGGAGCCCAGGAGACGAGAGCGCAGAAGGGAGCGAGCUGAACGCUUGCCUCCUUCCCCACGGAUCAUGUCGCCCAUGGGCUUUCCAGUCCAACGACAAAUUCGUCGGCGUCCUAGCUAUGAUUACGAUGACGACGACUCUAUGUAUGGAGAUGAGUAUGGCGACUACGGCGAUCUCCUGCCCAAGGAUCGUCCUGUGCCCAUUUGGUUGUGCGUCUUCCUGGUUGUUAGCUACAUCCUCGGAGGAGCAGCUCUCUUUGCCUAUUGGGAGAGCUGGUCCUUCCUGGAUUCGGCCUACUUUUGCUUCAUCACCCUGACUACUAUCGGCUUUGGAGACUUUGUUCCCGCUAAAGGUGUCAAGGAUGAAUCGGAGCAGUCCAUUGCCUACUGUUCGCUCUACCUGCUCUUCGGUAUCGCCUUGCUGGCCAUGAGCUUCAACCUCGUCCAGGAGGAAUUCAUUGCCAAUGUCAAGGAAGUGGCCCGCCGUCUGGGAAUCCUCAAGGACGACGACGAUGAUCAGGAUGAAGAUUAGAAACACAAAUAUCUAUUAUUUUUGGGUCAUUACAUUUUAA